AUGCUGUAUGCCACUGGCAUGGACGAGCUAGCCAUGUCCAAGCCUCAAGUUGGUAUCAGCUCUGUGUGGUGGAGUGGGAAUCCAUGUAACAUGCAUCUACUCGAUCUAUCGAAUGUGGUCAAGCAGGGUGUCCAAGAUGCUGGUCUCGCUCCCAUGCAAUUCAACACUAUCGGUGUGUCGGAUGGUAUUUCGAUGGGUACAAAAGGCAUGAGGUACAGCUUGCAAUCAAGAGAAAUCAUUGCGGACUCAGUUGAGACUGUGAUGCAAGGACAAUGGUACGAUGCUAAUAUUUCCAUACCUGGUUGCGACAAGAAUAUGCCAGGCGUCAUGAUGGGCAUUGCAAGAGUUAACAGACCCUCAUUGAUGGUUUAUGGAGGUUCAACUGAGGCCGGAUGUGCUGCGACCCAAAACAAUGCAGACAUUGAUAUUGUGUCAGCUUUUCAAGCCUACGGCCAAUUCAUCUCCGGGGAUAUCAAUGAGGAUCAGCGGUACGAUAUCAUCCGCAACUCGAUCCCAGGAUGUGGUGCCUGUGGUGGCAUGUACACUGCCAACACCAUGGCUUCUGCGAUCGAGACUCUGGGUAUGACUCUCCCUGGAAGCUCGUCGAACCCAGCAAAGUCCAAGUCAAAGCAGCUUGAAUGUCUCGCUGCGGGUGGCGCUAUCAGGAACUUACUAAAAAUGGACCUCAAGCCUUCCGACAUCAUGACCAAGAAGGCCUUCGAAGAAGCUAUCAUCCUCAUUAUGGUGACUGGCGGAAGUACGAAUGCUGUUCUGCAUUUGAUCGCGAUGGCAGACGCUGCAGGAGUCGACCUAAGUAUUGAUGACUUCCAAGCUAUUUCAGACAAGACACCUUUCCUUGCGGACUUGAAGCCAUCAGGCAAGUACGUCUUUAACGAUCUUUACAAGAUUGGCGGAACGCCUGCAUUGCUCAAGUUCAUGCUCAAGGAGGGUGUCAUCAAGGGUGAGCAUAUGACCGUUACUGGACAAACUUUGAAGAAGAACCUCGAAACCGCUCCUGACUUUCCCUCGGACCAGGUCAUCAUUCGACCUUUCAACAACCCAAUCAAGAAGACUGGACAUUUGCAAAUCUUGUAUGGUUCUCUAGCUCCAGGUGGAUCAGUUGGCAAAAUCACAGGCAAGGAAGGUUUAGUCUUUACAGGUAAAGCCAAGGUUUACAACGAAGAAGACCUCUUUGUCCAAGCUCUCGAACGAGGAGAUAUCAAGAAGGGCGAAAAGACUGUGGUCGUGAUUCGAUACGAAGGACCGAAAGGUGGUCCAGGUAUGCCUGAAAUGCUUAAGCCAAGCUCUGCUAUCAUGGGAGCUGGACUAGGACACGAUGUUGCUUUGAUCACUGAUGGACGAUUCUCUGGUGGUUCGCACGGUUUUUUGAUCGGACACAUCACUCCUGAAGCUAUUGAGGGUGGCCCUAUUGGUCUUGUCGAAGAUGGAGACGAGAUUACUAUUGACGCCGAGAAGAGAGUGAUGGAUCUCCACGUCGAGCAGGAUACCCUUGACAAGAGGAAGGCAGCUUGGGAAGCGAACCCACCGAAACAGAGGACGCUAAGAGGCACACUCGGCAAAUACGCGAAACUGGUCAGCAGCGCGAGCACAGGAUGCAUCACUGAUCUCCCAGAGAACACAAACAUUCAUCCUGAACGUGCAGGCAGCAAAGGCUUCCAACUGAAUCCUAUGUGA